AUGGAGCGGUAUACAGCAGAUUUGACGAAUUGCAUCAUUGCUUUCCUUACUCCAAUCUUACCAACAGAAGAGGAAUAUCGGAUAAAAGAGGCAACAAGACGGCAGCUGGAACGUUUGACAGGCAAAGUUAGCCCGGGCGCAAAACUGUUGGCGUUUGGAAGUAUGGCAAACGGAUUUGCAUUGAAGAAUUCGGAUAUGGACCUUUGUUGUCUCUUGGCAAGUGAUGCAUCGAAGGAGAAGAAAGAGUAUGCCAUUCAUCCAGAUGCGUCACGUUUGGUGGAAGAAUUGGGUAUACUGCUCAGACAAGAAACGGAUUACAACGUAAUGCCUCUACCGAAAGCUAGGAUUCCAAUCAUCAAAAUAAGUAGACCGCCAACAGCAGAACUAUCUUACGAGAUCUCUUGCGAUAUAGGGUUCGAGAAUCGAUUGGCAUUAGAAAAUACAAGACUUUUAUUGAGCUAUGCAAUGGUAGACCCGCCCAGACUAAGGACGCUUGUUCUCUUUUUGAAAGUCUGGACAAAGAGACGGAAGCUCAACUCGCCUUACACAGGAACGCUUUCCUCUUAUGGCUAUACGCUAAUGAUGCUGUUCUUCUUGACUCAUGUCAAGAGGCCUGCUGUUCUUCCAAAUCUACAAAGGGUUCCACCGCCAGCAGGAUCGCAGAGGAAGCCAGAAGAUGUCACAUUAAAUGGACAUAACGUGUACUUUUAUGACGACGUGGCAAAAUUACGCAAGGAGUGGACUUCGUUCAAUACCGAGAACGUCGGAGAGCUAUUGCUGGACUUCUUCAAGUACUUCUCAAAGGAGUUUGGCUAUUCGCGGGAUGUGAUCAGUAUCAGAAAUGAGAACGGCGUCAUUUCAAAGGAUGCAAAUGUAUGGAAUGCAGAGCUUUGCAUAGAAGAUCCUUUCCAAUCUGGCUACAAUGUAGCACGUACAGUUACAAAGGAUGGGCUUUACACGAUUAGAGGCGAAUUCAUGAGAGCAUAUCGCAUUUUGACCACACGUGUGGAUCGUGUUUCGGUUGCUCUCGCCGAAUUAUGCGAAAAACGUGAAGAC